AUGGACCGUGAUCGCUCGACAGAUGGAGGGAUUUUAAGGGACAGCCUGGACCUGUGGCAACCGAUACCAAUCCUGCAGCCUGACCUGGAAGGACGCCUUGCAACGUCAGUUGAACGCCUCUUUGAUGGUUUGCUUGGAAUUGCAUUGAAGUGUUUCCAGGGAAGUGAUUCCUCCGCACGUGUUCGGUUUCUUGCCGUGGUAAAGAAAAUCAUCAAGGCGCGCCAGCGAGUGGCCUGUUUACGCUGUGUGAUGUGCGUGGUGCUGGCACCAAGGGCACGAGACAACGAAGCGGAGCUAGAGGAGCUUGCUCAGAGCAAGAGCCAUCGCCGCGAGCAAGUAAAGCGCUUCUUCGAAAACUAUCGUCCUCCACAGACCUCUCGUGAGGUUCCGGUGGGACAAGUGACGGAAGACAUCACGAAGAGCUCCGCAGCCCUGUUGGAGACGCAGUGCAAGUUCUGGCAGGUUGCCGACAUUGCAGCUGGCAAGGCGAAGGCGACGCUCGAUCCUCUCUUGGCCCAGGACCUUACCAAAGGUCAGGUUCAAACGAACAGCAAGCAGUCCUGGAUAGUCCGAGGUGCACGCGAACGCAAGCCGCAACGCUGGACGCUGGCGGAGCGAUUCCGACAGGAAGUGGCAGAGAGCGCUUGCAACCAAUGGGACGUGAGACGAACCAGCAGCCUCACAAAGCCCAUGUUGCCGCCAGCAUUGAAGAGCUCGAAAGGUCAAUCAGUACAGAAACACGUGCAGCUGGGACUUGGGAAGUCUUUGUCCGCGCCCUCUCUGCACAGCAGACACGGAGGCAUCGGAGGUUGCCAGCCCGGAAGCCUCGAAAGUAGCAGCAGCCUCAGUGGCAGCCACAGCAACCACAGCGCUGCUAUGAACCCGGUCAUGGCAAUGACCUUCAAUGAGAGCUGGAAGGCCGAAGCAAAGGACAAGAACAAGAAGAAAGACGGCGCUCCGAUGACGCGGUACAUGACCGCCUGCGAGCGAGGAGGCAUCUUACCAUCACCGCUAGAUUUCACCACGGGUCUGUCCACUCGUCUGAAUGCUGUGAACUGGGCACUGGCGGACUGCGAUCUCAUACCUGUUGCAGCAAUGUUUAGGACAGUUCCCCAAGUCUUGGAGGUGGACUUGAGUGGAAACACUCUUCUGACAGACAAGUCUGUUGUUCCUCUAUUGCAGAAGAUGAUGAGAAAUCCGGCCUGCUCGACUUUGUCGUGUUUGCGCUUGCGGCAGUGCAUACGACUGGGUCAUCCGUCAGUCGAAUUGCUAGUGAGUCUUAUUGCAAGCCCACAGGGUCUCAGCAUGCUCAAGGUUCUGGACAUAAGUGGAAUUCAUCUGCCGGUAAAGGUGCAGCUUGAGCUGUGUAGGGCCCUUGGCGAGCAUUCGAACUUGGAGAACCUGACGUUGGCGGACACCGGUCUUGGAAGCAAUCCAGCCGUGAGAAGGUGCCUGGACGCUCUCUUCAACUGCAACACGCUCACGGCCCUCGACUUGAGCUGGAACAGCUUUGGAGAUGAGGUCUUUGCUUCAAUUGGUACAAACGUGGCACAUGCGCACGUGCAACUACGUUCCCUUUCGAUGUCCAGCUGUUCAUCAAGCGACACGAGUGCAAGUGUGAUGUUGGAGUUCUUCAGCAAGGCCCGGAGCCUUAUAUAUUUGGACCUCUCCAUGAAUCGCCUGGACUUAAGCGCAGCGCUGAUCCUGGCAGAUGCUUUGUCAGCCCAUCCCUGCCUAACGGAGUUGGACGUCUCGCGGAAUCCCUUGGGGGCCCCAGGCGCUCAUUUUCUCACUCGGCUUUUUGCUGUCUCGAAACUGGAGAGGCUUCACUGCAUGGAGGCUUUUGACAUGGGCGAUGCAUUUCGGCAACAUUUCUUCCAGUUCUGUAAUCCUGAAGGGGAGUACGACCUGAACAUGGCAAAGCCCUACAGUCGUGCUGUGCUGCGCAUUCUCUUGAAGCUCUGCCAGAAACUUGAUUUGGGCAUCAAGCAGGCCUUCACGGACCUUGCCUGCGAGGGCUGCGUACUAACGGAGCCUGUUCUGGAUGAACACGGAACUUUUCAGGUGCCCAGUGCAGGUCGAAUGGCUUUCGUCUUCAGCACCACCAAGGCAAAUGGCCCAGACAUCUACGAGGAGUCCAGGGAUGGCAUUGCCGAAAUGCUUCAGCGGCGAGGUGAUUUGUGCAAAAUCCGGUUGCGUCUUGACAAGGCAGUGUUGCUCAUCCCUGUGUUCGAUACUUUGCAGGACAAACUACCCUUGAUCGACGCACUGGCUAAGAACUUCGUGGUUGACUAUGCCCAUGUGGAGAUGUUCUGCAAACUUGGUAAGACCAUGAUGAUUCCUACAAUCAUACAGAGGUUGCUGCACGCUUGUUCGAGCGGAAGUGUCGGGCGCCACAUGUGCCUGCGGCUCGCAAGCACCCAGGCGCAGUACAGGCAGAUCCUUCAACGGACGAUGCUCUCGCUGUCGUUCACGCCAAGCAAUCCGUCAAUGCACUACACCUUGUACCUGGAUGAGACCUGUGAUUUCCACAUUGCUGAAUGCUUGCGGACACUCGAUAGGUGGGAGGCCAACGUUGCCAUUCGCCGCGGUUUUUUCGACAUCUCCCAGCGCGGAAACCAAUCUCAGGUGCGCAAUGAACGGUACGAGGGCCGACGGCCUUUCUUCCGGUCUAUUUUGGAUUGGGAACUUCCUCUGAUUGGGAAGUUGGAGUUCGACUUUGUCGGCGGCCCGCGAACGGCUCCAGGUACCAUGCAGAUGACCGACAAAGUUUUCGAAGAGUUCUUUCAGCAUGUGCUUCGGUCUGAGUGUCGAGCGUGGCAGCAGUUUGAAGCGCUCCGAGCUGUCUCUCCAUACAUAUACCUCGCAUCAUCACAGCUCCGCCAGCUGCUGGGUGCGAUAUAUGAUCCAGAGGUGCGAAUGCAUAUCUUCCACGUGUUCUACUACAGGCUGACGGAUGUUUGGAACGUGAAAGUUUGCAGAGCUCGCUUCUCCAGUGAUGAGUAUGCACAGCUUCUGAAAAAACUCGGGCCCGUAAAGUUCUUCCCAUACAUCCAGCCGGAACAGGCCCAGCUUGAUUUGGACUUCUCGGUUCAUGAUGAGAAGCUUGCUGUCAACUUGCUGGUAAUGCUGCAGCAGAAGGAGGGUGCGCUGCUGCUUGAGCCCAGGUAUAUCAGGGAGGAUGGAACAGAAGACAAGUUGGUUACAGGUGUUCCCCGAGCCUGGGCACGAUUUUCAGACCUGCCCAGAGCUGGGACGUUCUCGGCAAAGUACUUCGUGGCUCCUGAGAAGCGCAACAUGAAGACCCGAAGCGACUUCCUUGCUGCUUACGGGCGAUGGCACGCGCCUCCAUUGAAGCAAGAGGAUGUGUCGUGGUGGUCGUCAUUAUCAGAUGUCAGCCUUGACAUCAUCCGAUUUUUGGAGGUCAUGCGAGAGCGAUACCGCGACAAUCUACACGAGGCAUUUCGAGACAUCGACGGUGAUGGUGGGAAUGGUUUGAUCACGCUCAAGGAGUUCGAAGAGCAUUGUGACAGGUUGGAAGAUUCGCGAUUCCGAGGCAACAAUCGCCGCGAACGUUUCCGUGCAAUCUUUCGAUACCUUGAUGCCACACUGGAGGGCUCCAUAUCUAUUGAGGAGUGGCUGCAGUUGGACACAGUGAAACGUGAGUUGGACAGACAGACCGGCGAGCUGCAUGAUUUCUUCAUAUGGCGCUAUGGCGGGAUUGCUGAGGCGUGGGCUGUCUUGGAGCAAAGUGGUGAUGGAGAGAUGUCAGAGGAAGAGUGGAGCAACGGCCUCAAGGAGUUGGGAUACUUUGGGGCAUCCAUGGAGCUCUACUCCGUUCUGGACACCACGAACGAUGGAACAAUCAGUUUCGAGGAGUUUGGCUGCAUUGCCAGGCGCGCUCAAGGCGUGCCGGGCUCGGCCCUCUAG